CAAUAAUAACAUAUGUCAAUUUACUCGAUGCGCGUUUAAGCAAGAUGGACGCUCACUUUUUGUUAUACAGGAAAUUCUUUAUUUUGCUCUAAAUUGGACAUUUGUGCAAUUUAAACACUCAAACACAUUACAUGGUAAAUAUUUAACAUGUAGAAAUAGGAGUGCAGUGCCGAUGGAACAUAAGUGUGAUAUGAACGAUCGAUAAACAAUUGAUUAAAUACCCUCUCACCUCGCCUUGUUAACGGAUGCCGAAAACACCAUAAAGUUGCGUAUAUCGUAGUGAUUUUGUUAUUAGGUACAAGAAUGGCUAAUAGUGUGGUUAAAGUAAGCGACAUCAAAGACGAUGCACUUGACGAUAAUUUAUUUUUGCUCGUGGGAGAGGAUGGGACAGUGGCACCAGAUCAGGAGACUGUUGAAAACUACUUGAAGCAAAGGAGUGGACCAACAAAUAUUCAAAUUAUGAAGAUAAAUCAUUCAGAAAAACAAGCAAUAGACAUAUCUGUUGAUAGUGUUACUUAUAUGCCUGAUGUUGUCAGCGAAGAAGUUGUAAGUGAAACAGUAGAUAUGGAAGAAGUGGAAAGAAAUCUCCAUAACUUCAGAUUGGAUCAUGAUUACACCCCAUUCACCUCACCGAAAGGCAGCCCUUCACCGCCAAUGGAAGAAGAGGAAGAUGAGCUAGCUAAAACCCUGAGUAUCCUUGACGGACCUAACCCAGCAGCAUUGAUACCUAUAAGUCCUACCAAACCUCCACCUCUUGUAAUGACCAACCAUCAAAAAGUCAAUAAAGCUCCAAAAGUAAAGCUCAUCCAAUCAAUUACAUUAACACCUAGCAAACAUAUUCAGCAGAUGGUCAAGUCAAAUAAUGUUGUUAAGACCUCAGAGGGAUUUAAAGAUCAAGGUGAUAUUGAUGAAUCAGUAUAUGAGCAAAAGGUUGACCCAGAAACAUCUCAGAUGGAGUCAGAGCCACUGGAUGACAGUGACGGUGCUCUCAGUCAAAAAGACCUCGCCAAGGGUAGAGCUAAGGUGAUCAAAACAUAUAAACCUGCACAGAAGUCUACUCCCAAACCUAGGAAAGAGAAGCCGAAGCCUAAACCCAAACUGGAAGAAAGUGAAGAUGACGAUUCUGACUACACAGAUGGGGACUUUGACAUGGAAAUGGAAGAUGAUGAGAAUGACUCUGACUUUGAGAUUAAGGAUGUUAAAACACCUAAGAGAACAUCAAGACGAACAAAAUCUGAAUCAAAAACUACACCGCAACGACGCAAACUCAAAAAUAAAGAAAAAGAGACAAAUAAGAAGCUAGAGAAAGAAGAUGAAGAAAAAACGUCAAAAGAAAGACAUAGAGACAAGUCACCCGACAAAAUAAAAGUACAAGAUAAGGGGGAAAGGUCUGAAGAGAAGGAUAAACAUCUAGAAAAGAAAAUGUCUUCGGAAGAAGAGAAACAUACUGAUAAAGAUAAAACAUCUCAAUCAGAACAGCCAGGAGAUGCAAAGUCUGAUAAAAAGACACCUCAUAAGAAAAAGAAAGAAAUUCCGAAGCCUAUUCUUGAUGACUUCAACUUAUUUGCAACUCCUGAUAUCAUCAAACGUGUAGGGGGCAAAGAACCCACUACACCAGUCACACCUACAUCCGUAGCUACUCCUACGUCCAAAACUCCCGCUAAAAUAACUCAGGAGUCUAGAGGCAAGUCUGCUGACCAACCAAUAGGAUCUCCUAUUAAGAAUAAUCGAGUAAGUUUGGACGCAAAAAUUGAUAACCAUAAAGAAAGGGAGAAAGAAAAAGCUAAGGAAAAAGACAAAGAAAAGGAAAAAGAUAAGGUGAAGAAUAAAGAGAAGGAAAGGCUUGCUGAAAGAGAUAGCCAUGUUGAUAAAGAGAAGAAAGAUAAAGAGGGGCGGUUAAGUACUAGUGACAAAUCGAAGCGUCUCAGUGUAGAUGAGAAAGUGAGGCACAAGGAUGUCAAAUCCGAAAGUAGGUCUGAGAGACAUUCUACUGACAGAAAGAAUAGUUCAAAGAUCGCAGCUGAGAAUAUUUUGAACACUGACGAAAUACCGAGUGCUGAAGAUAUCCGUUCGAUAAUAAUGGGCGACGAAAAGUCUUUUACUGCCAGUUCUGCUUCAGUCGAAACGGAAUCAUCUUCUCAAAAUAUGGAAGUUAUGAAUUUGGAUGCUUCUGGGUUGGAUUUGGAUCCAACUAUUUUGGAUAAUUUGAAUAAUGAUGAGCUUUCUGAAGAUAUUUUGUAUCAGGUGGCGCAGUCGUUGGUAUCGAACCCCGAAUUGCAGAAUGCUAUUGACAAAGGUAUCAAUGAAGGUGUUCUGGAUCCGAAUGCUGUGCAUAAUAGUAGCUCUGGGAGUCUCCAAAGCUUUGAUGAGGAUUCCAGUGGUGAUGUGAUCCAAAAAGGAACCCAAAUCGUGAGGCCUGAUGGUAGAAUUGUUGUAAUUCCUCCAAUAGAACGGCCAACAACUAGGAGCAGAAAUAAAAAAAAGGAAGAAGUUAAGCCAGUUUUCAAGCCUGUUCACAAGCCGCUGGAUGACGAGCAUGUUUCCGGCAACGAAUUGGACAGUUCCAAUGAUGAAGAAGAGGAAUCGGAGGAUGACCCGAAUAAGUUGUGGUGUAUCUGCAACCAACCUCACAACAACAGAUUCAUGAUUUGUUGUGACACGUGCGAAGAGUGGUAUCAUGGCAAAUGUGUCAACAUUACCAAAACCAUGGGACAGCAAAUGGAGGCUGAGGGUAGAGAAUGGAUAUGUUUGUUCUGUAAGGAUCCUUCCUUGAAAAGACCACAAGCAGCCGCGAGAAGAAUAAGAAAAGCAUCUCGGAAUUCCAGAACUUCCACUGAAAGUACGGGAAGCACUUCGAAAAAGUCUGUCACCUCAUCUGGAUCAUCUGCAUCAUCUGUCAAGUGCGUUGUUUGUAACAACCCCGCAAGGAAAAAUUCCAUUUAUUGCAGCGAAUCUUGCAUAUUGGCACACGCUCAGGGUAUUGAAAGGGUGGUUGUAUUUGAGAGAUCAACUGGAAAGAUGUUAACUGGAAACAAAGCGCCAAGUGCGGCAAAUCUGGAUCAAUGGCUUAAGGAGCAUCGUGGAUAUGAAGUACUCAAGUCAGGUGGAAGAGUCGUUACUGCAAAGCCUGGAAGUCAAUUGAUGCAGUCAAAGUUGAAGUUAGUAAAGAACACUGAAGACCAUGGUGUUUCUCUGGCAGUUCAAAAGAAAGGUGUCAGCUUAGGUGUGUUAAAACAUACUCCGAAACAUACGCAAGCAAUACAGCAGCAUCAACAACAAGCAGCUGAUGGUCAAAACAAAACUCCGGUCAAGCUUAACUACACGAAUAUCAAAGUGACACCCAAGGCGACACAGGCUCUCAAAGAAUCCAGGGCCAAGCUGUCCCAAACCACACCUCAAUCCGGCAACAAGACACCUGCUGCUUCUCCUUCUACCACUAAGUCUCCUAAAUUGGUGCAGAGCACUUUAACAAAAGCUUCGCCCCAGGCUACGCCUGUAAAGCCUAAAGAUAAGCCCGCUAUAGUCAAAUCGCCUAGGACGCCAAAGCCAAAACAGCCGGAGGCUCAGCAGACUGCUACCCCCAAGCAGCAGGAGGAUAUCAGAGAAAAUGUGGAGAAGACGUUGUUUGAGCAGUUGACGAAUAGGCUGAAGGGUUGCGAGGAUUUGAAACUGACAGAGGAAGAAGUAAAGAAUAUUUCUAAAGAAAUCGAAUCACAACUAUUCAAGUGUUUCGGAGAUACUGGACAGAAAUACAGGAAUAAAUAUAGAAGUUUGAUUUUUAAUAUUAAAGAUGCAAAGAAUCAAACGUUGUGGAGGAGGAUUUGCGAGAAAUCGAUAAAUCCUUAUGAACUGGUGAGACUGUCACCAGAUGAUCUGGCCAGUCAAGAGCUGGCAAUGUGGAGGGAAAGAGAAGCCAAACACCAGUUGGAUAUGAUCAAAAAAUCCGAGCUAGAGCUGCUUAACUGUAAUAGGCAGUAUGUGUUGAAAACGCAUAAAGGAGAGCAGAUUGUAGAAGAUGAUCGGGUCGACAAGGUGGACAAUACAGAGGUGAUAAAAAGCCUGACGGAGGGAUCAACUUUGGAAACGGUAGAGACCAAGUCUGAAAAAGACAAGAAGAGCAGUUCAAAACAUAGCCACAAGGAUAAAGAUAGGGACAGGACAAAAGAUAAAAAAUCCAGUCAUAGGAGCAGACGAUCUUCUAGCAGGGAUCGGAGCAGAAAACGAUCGAGAUCCAGGUCAAGGAGUAGGGAUUACAGGAAGGAUCACAAGAAACACAGAUCAAAAGAUAGGUCAAGAGAUAGAAACAAGGAGAAGAGUAGGGAUAAAGACAGGCACAAGAAAUCACACAAAAGUUCUAAACAUAGAGAUAGGGCUACCGAGGAAUUGGAAAAACUGGAUAAGAAGUCCAAAGAGAUUUUAGAGAACUUGAGGGAGAGCAAAAUCUUGCCGCCGGUACUGCCGCCAGAACAGCGGCUUUGGAAGCAUGUGACCUUAGCGGACGACGAACCAGGUAAGGCUCCGGAGAGUGACAGUGACAAUGAGCCGACAUCUACAGUCACAAUUCCAACACCGCCAAGAAGCCAAGAUGAUGACUAUCAGUCUUCAAUCGAUCAAAAGAGUGAAAAAGAUAAGAGUAUCAGUGAAAUGGAGAGAAGUACUUCCCCACCACCAAGAACAAAACCAACAGAACUUUGGACAGGAAUUAUUAAUAUGCCUGAUGUGGCACAAAUUUCCAUCACUGCACAUGAAGUGUCAGGUGAUUGUACAGGAUUGGGCAGAGAACUGGCGGCAAGCUUGGAUAUUGUGGGACGUAUAUCUCCAGAUACGGUUUGGGAUUAUAUCGGCAAGAUGAAGUGUUCAAAUAGUAAAGCCAUAUCGUUAAUAAGAUUAAGUGCAAACAAUGUUGAAGAAAAAAUGCCUUAUCUGGCAUUGUACAGUUAUCUGAGCAGUAGGGAUAGACUCGGAGUUGUAAAAAGUUUAAAUAAAGCUGUCAAGGACUUCUAUAUCUACCCCUUGGCGCCGACCAAGCCUAUCCCGCAGGUGCUCCUGCCAUUGAAUGGUCCUGGUUUUGAGGAGCAAAGACCUGCUUUACUACUUGGUAUCAUUGUGCGAGAUAAGCGAAAACGGCCAUUGUUUGAAAUGCCGCCGACGCCUUCCAUUAUAGCGAACUUAUCGAAAAAGCCUAAGCUAGAGGUUCCCGCUGUAGUUGCUGCAGCUGUUGCUGCAUCUCAUUCCACUCCAAGCAGGAGCUAUACGCCUCCUCCGCCUGCGGCGGCUCCCCCGCUUCCUGCCCCGGUACCGGCAGUACCAGCACCUGUACCACCGGUAGUUCCAGCAGCACCUACUCCACCGAAGGAUCCAAGAUUGAAGUUGCCGUUGCCGCCGCUCGAACCGCCUCCCCCUGAUGAUGGAGAUGAACCAUACAGCCCAGGUGAUUCAAGUCCAGAUCUUCCAGAUGCAUUGGUUACUCCACCACCUUCACUUGCACGCAAAUCAGUUCCAGAACCAGUUAAUGUUCCUCCGACCACCCCUCUUUCUGUGGUUCCCUCUGUGCUCCCUGGAAAUCAACAAGAGCUCCAAAGACAUUUAGAUGAAUUGAAUAGGAAGAUCGAAGCUUCAAAGUCUGAGAUUUCUAAUAUGACGCAGAACAUUGUGUCCGUCCAAAGGGAGAUCGAAACGUCUGCGUUAGCUAAUAUUGCUCUGCCGAGUAAUUUGCAGCAGAUUCUUGACAGUAUAAAAACUAUUGGGGAGAAUACAACAGAUUCUGACACGUCGACGCCGAAAGAAUCGUCCUCGACGGAUCUGACCAUUCCGCUGAUGAUUCCCAAGAACUUCACGCCUAGGGUAUCAGCACCACCGCCGCAACCUGUUCCUCCUCUAAAGGACCUGCCCAGUGACACUAUUCCCCUGAACCUUCCUUCCAAGCCGAAGAUUAAACCACCGUCGGUAAACUCGCCUCUUCUAGAAGAAAAAUCCGUCACCCCAACGCCUUCAACCACAAGCACGAGCGUUUUAGGCUCAUUAUCAGAGGAGGAUCUUAUCAAGAAAGCUGCAGAAAUGUUGGGUGAAGACGCCAGUCUGCCGAUGAAAAAAGAAGCGAAAAGAGCCAAGAUGGAGGUAACAUUGCCACCGGUACCGGGACUGGAGGAUUAGAUAUUAUAUGUUACCGCAAAUACAUAGUUAGUUUGGGCAUAUUCUAGGUUAGAAACCUAUAUUUAGCAUUUCAGCUCUUACGCACAACACGAUCAUUGAUUUCUAGACAUCAAGUAAUUUCUUUAAAAUACGAUUCAAUAGUUAUGGAAAAACACCUUGCAGCGUAUGUAACUUAACCUAUUUUUCACGAUACUUCGUCACAUUUAAUAACAUAUCUUUCACCCGUCAGACCACAAGCGGUCAAGGAUGGACAGCUGUUACGUGUUUUGACAACUCAUCAGCUUGGUCUCGGAUGGAACAACUAACGAAAGCUGUCCUCUAUCCGAGGUAUAAGGUCUAUCGAAAUCAGACUUCACAAAGUGCCAUCCAGUGGGAUUUUAAGAAAAAAAAUACAAACUUAAUGAAAAGAAAAUAUUUAUUACUAUCCAUAUAUUCGUAAAUUCGGAGGGUUUUAUUUCUUAAAUAUCAUUCCGACCAAAUUUUUGCCAUCCCUACGGACACACUUUUCUAAUCGCGCGCGCAAAUUCAGAAACACUCUCUUGCAGAGUUCCGGAGUGAUGUUUAUUUCUCGUCGAAUGUUGUUUAUAAGCUCCUCCAUUGUUCGUGGAUUUUUGGAAUACACUUUUGACUUAAGAUAAAACCCCACAAAAAAAUAAUUGCAUGGCGUGAGGUCGGUUGGCCUAGGAGGCCAGUGAAUGUCUCCAAACUUUUUGAGGAAAAAGUGCUUUCACCGUGUGCAUCUGGAAGUAUGGGCAGUGGCCCCAUCCUGUUGAAACCAUGUGUUUCUGUUAAAUCGACGUUCUGUUCUUACAAUAGGAGCAAAAAAGUGUCAAUCAUGUCCUUGUAUCGCUCCGAAUUGACUGUCAAUGCAUAACCGUUUUCAUCGCAAAGAACAGUCACCUUUGAACAAUGUAGCAGUUGUUCAUGUUUCUCUUUUGGGUUCGCUGGUACCCAAAAUCUGCGAUUUUGCUUGUUCACAUAACCGUCUAAGUGAAAGUGGGCCUCGUCACUGGAAACAACGUUCUCGAGUCUGCGCUGCGUAGAAAAAAGAUUCAACAUCCGUUCAUCACAAGAUUUCCGUAAUACGUAAUCACUUUCCAUUAAAGCAUGGACUGAUUGGAUUUUAUAAGGAUGAAAACCCAUUUUUUUUUCUUCAUUAUGCGUUACAGUGUUGACCUAGGGAUUCCCAAAGCAGCGGAAUGCUUCCGUACAGCACGCCGAGUGUUUGCAAUGACCGAAUCACUUGCUCGUCGCACAGUUUCUUCGGUUGAUACAGUAGCUGUGGGGCCAGGAGUAAGAGGUGGGCCUGUUUCACGGAACCUCUUAAUCCACUUUUUCAAUAGUUUCUUACUUGGGACAUCUCUUGGUCGGCGAAUGUUGUAUCGUGUACAAAAUUUCCGAACGGCAGCUGCGUAUGAAUCACCACUCUUAAAGUGACUAUUUGACCCGCACGCCGAACGCGUCGAUCAGGACCUCUAUUCACUUCCUAGCGUAUACGGUUGCCGCGUGAUUCAAAUUUGAAAUGUGAACUUUUCCACUGGACACCCUUUUUUACCAGAAAUAAACUGUCUCUUGGAACUGUAUCUCUGUUCGCAUUUGACAGUCGGGUCACCAGUGUGGCCGCUACAUGCCGUCGAUUCUGGCGGUCUACUCGCCAUUAAAUAAACAACAUGUUGCUUCUAUAUUACUAGUUUGUGCAAUUGCGCAUGUAUUAUAUCGCCAGAAUCGACGGUAUUUAGCGGUCACAGUGAUGACCCGACUGUCAAAUGCGAACUGGGGUACAGUUCCAACAGACAGCUUGCUAUUUGAAUCUCGCAGUGGCCGAUUCUGGUAAUAGAUGGCAUUUUGCGCUGUCUUAUUUCGAUGCAUCGUGUUCUGAUGACUAUUGGGGUGAACUGCUCAUUAGCAAGUGACAGGGCUAAUUUACAAAAUAUUUUGAGAGGUCAUAUGAUGAGUUUGAAAUAUUACCUGCUCAAAAAAGUGCUCGAUGGGGCUUUGGAUUCACGUUGAGGAAGAUGCCCGUCUCCGGAGGGGAGGUGAUGUCGGCGAUUGAAAAUUUAAGAGCGAAGGGAACUCUGAUAUUCCGGUGGGGAAGGGGGGGGGGGGUCCGGACCUAAAGGCACUCCCCUGGAUCCGCCUCUGGCAAGUGAUAUCUUUACAUUAGUCUUGUAUGAAUCUGAUUAAACUCAGAAAGGUAUUUAGAACUAUUUACACUAAACACUGUUAUUUUUGCAUAUACAUACUUUUACUUUCAUAAAUGAGAAUUUUAUACAUUGAAAUGUAUGAAAACCACAUAAAGAAAAAUGUUUAUUGGAAUCUUAUCAUAGUAAAUCUGAGUUUUAUUGAUUACAGUGUAAGUCACUAGAACAGACCACAACAAAAUAUCACUCUGUAGUUUUGGCGUGGAACAGAGGGGUGACCAUGAAGCCUGUAUAGUACUGACAAAAUGAGAAAAAAACGACCCCAAAACUUGACGGCUGACUGAGGGCGCAGUGAUCGGAUACCAGUAUCUGAGGUUAUAAUUCUAGAUCCGGCUGCUUGAAUAUGCAGGUACCUGACUUAUUGAAAAAACUUAAUUUUUGUGAAUCAUGAACAAUGGUAGAACUGAUGCCAAGCCUGCUGUAAGAUCUUUUAUCAUUCAUGAAAAUCAAGUUUUAUCAAAAAAGCAGAUACCUGCUGAUCCAAGCAGCCGGAUCUUAGGCUAUUAGGAAAGUUCAUAUGGCGAAUCUGUCAAAGCACAGCGUUGUCAGGUGGGUGAAACAGAAUUCGCUAGAACAAGCGUAAACAUCCCUCAGCAUUGGUAUUUUUCAAGAAAAAAUCCCCCAGAUUGCAGUUAAUUAAUGGAAAGGGAUAGGUAGGGAUGUUUUCUCCCGGCGAGACGUAUGAUUUCCCCAGAACAUUUUACCCCAAAAAAAAUCCCAGAGUAAGAAUCCCCCAAGUUUGGGGGAAAAUCCCCCCAUCAUGACAAUCCUGUCAAAGCACCACUGGUACUCCAGGCGUCAAGUUUCGGGGUCUUUUUUACAGCACGAACAGCAUUGCCGUAGUUUCUCCUGCUAUAUAGGCUCCAUGGUCGUGACACUUUUUUUCACGUAAUGAAGUAUCGUUAAAAAUAUGUCAUGUAUGAAAAUGCCAAAUAAGGUUAAUGCGAACGUUUGCUGUAAUCUUUGGUUCUUAUUGUAAUAGUCAAGUCAUUCCUUUGUGAUCGAAUCAAUCCACCAUUGUUUUUGGUAUCAAAAUCACUUUCCAUACCAAGAAAAUUCUUCCGCCACUUAGUUCUUCCUAGUACUGAUAUAUUGAUAAAAAAGCACUAAUUUCUGUGACCAAGGUCUUAUUGUAGCCAAUAGAUGUAGGCGAAUUCAGGAAAGAUCAGUGAUAGCACUGCAAGCUUUAUGGGCCACAUUGCUCUACCACUGUUGUUUUCUGAUUCAUCAAUUUUCAAAUCACAGUGGGUGUAUUCCUCCUUAUUUAAAACGGGUGUUUCAUAUUCGACACUUACCAUUGGGAUCUCGGAAUCGGUUGCGCAUUCAGCUAACUAAGAAAAUGUUACUUGGAAAAUUUCGCAAUUGAGAGUAUUUCCGGUGAUAGACGAAAUAAACCGAAUCAUCUCAAAGCCGUUUUUAUUUUUGCCUGACUUUGAGAUGGGAUUUCAAAAUAAAGAGUACGUUAACAUUGCCUCUCUCUUCUACUAGAUCGAGUAAUUAGAAUUUCAAUUUGACGUUUUAUCACUUGUGCUCAAUUUUAUUAUAGGUGCCAUAUUGGAUCUGUGCACGGAUGAGUAGAGUUUUUAAUGCUGAUUUGAAAAAUGCCAUAGAUUGACUUUUCCAUACCUGAAUUAUUUCAACAAAAAAAUAUUCUCAGUAGGCUUUGAAAAUCACAGUUUAUCACAUAUUUAUCCGAUUAAAUCACCAAUGCUUCAGUGUUUCAUAAGUGUAUGAAGGGCAUCCAGGUAUUUUGUCGAUUUAUCGAAUAUUAACAAGCCUUAUUGUUGCCUUGUUCAAACAUAGCAGAUAGCCUAAUCAUAUAUUAGCAAAUUUCCCCCGAAAUAAUUGAAAAGUCUGGUUUUAUUGAUUCAAGUAUUUAAGACAUGGACGCAUAAAAUGGGUACACCAAUUUUUUUGGGAAAACUUUUUAUUCGAUAACAAAGAAUGAGAAAACGUGUUUUUUGGGAUGCAAUCAAAAGUCAGGAACCAAAAAACUCUUCAAAUAAGAUUUUUAGGUAUUUAUGAGACCUACAGAAUACCAUACAAAAAAAGAUCCGAGUAAUAGUAAAAAAAUUAUGGCCGAAUGUCAAAUUUAAAACACCCCUUAUACAUAAACGCAUAUGUCUUCAUGUUGAGUAUUAUAGGCGUUGUUCCGAAGGUUUUUUUACUUAUAUAAUCUGUUAUAUACAAGUAAGUCACAUACCUAGGCCUUUAAUAUUUGUAAGGUGUUCGAUGUAGUGGAUAAAAUGUUCUCCAUUGUUUAUCACUAUAUUUGUAUAGUUUGAUUGAAUUUGUAUAUAUGGAGCGAAACGCAUGAAUUUGAAAAGUACAAAAUCUGGUUAUCAUUCGGGACUUCGGAUGGAUUGUAAUUUUACUGUUUAAAUAUAAAAAUUCAUAUGUAAGAUUAGCUAAGAGAGGUUGUGCCGUAUUUUUGCAUAAGCGUCGAGUUUUGGCAGACAUUUUUCCCGACGAUAAUAUUUGCAUUUCAUUAGUAAUUUGUCCAGGCAGUAAUUCACCAAAGAAAAAAUUUCGGUAUACUUAUCGAAGCUAAGAAAAAACGUAUAAAAACAUGUAAUGUUAAUGUGUAAAGUAUAAUUUGUACAGUUUAGUUUUAGGUGUAGCGUACUUACAAGGCAUAUAAUUGUUGUUUUGUACAUACUUUUUCCUAGGUAUUUUUUUAUUUCAUCAGUUUGCAAUCCAAUAUAU